AUGGAUGACAAGUUGAAACUGUUAGAGGCCGAACAAGUAAAGAAGUUUGCCUUCUUCGGCGUAGCUGUUUCAACUGUCGCCACUCUCACCGCAAUCGUCGCCGUCCCCAUGCUCUGCAUGUAUAUGCAAAACAUCCAAUCUGGCCUACAGGACGAGAUCAACUUCUGUCGAACGCGUGCGGUUUCGUUGAGAGGGGAAUACGUCAAACUCGAGUCCGAGACGAAGACUGAAACUCGUGAGAAGCGACAGACAUACCAGUGCUGUUCGUGUGGAAUGGGGCCAGCAGGACCUGUAGGAAAUCCCGGACAAGACGGAGCACCAGGAAACGAUGGGCGACCUGGAGCGCCAGGAGCACCUGGACCAGAUGCUCCAAGUGACUACGUUGCUCCGAGACCAGAGGACUUCUGCUUCGAAUGUCCUCCCGGACCAGCAGGAGCACCUGGAGAACCAGGCCCCAAGGGACCUCCCGGCACUCCAGGAGCCCCCGGCGAACAAGGACCACACGGUCGACCAGGAGCUCCUGGAGCGCCUGGACCACAAGGACCUAUUGGAGAACCUGGAAACGACGGCUUACCCGGGAAACCAGGUUCUCCUGGACAAGUACGCACUGUACCUUCGCCACCUGGACCACCUGGACUGCCGGGAGAGCAGGGACCUCAAGGACCUCCUGGAGAGGAUGGACGCCCGGGAAAUCCCGGACAAGCAGGGCCACCUGGACCACAGGGAGAUCCAGGACAGGACGGAACUCCUGGCAAUCCUGGAGCACCUGGAGAACCAGGUCCACCAGGAGAGGACGGAACUAAGGGUGGAUGCGAUCAUUGUCCAAUUCCUCGAACUGCUCCAGGAUAUUAA